AUGUCGACGGAUACCAUGUAUUUCAACAGCUCCAGGCUGUUGCCAUCGGCUGGCAAAAACAAAACAAAUAAUCUUAUCAAACAAAAAACCAGAAAUAGUCGUGCGAGGGGGAACGCUGCUAAUAGUAUGAACGACAAUAGCUAUAUCACGGAUAUACCACCUCCUCAAACUCUUCCCAAUGGUGAGAAACCUAACUUCGGCCAUUCUUCCAACAAGAGGCUGUCAUUCCACCAGAAGAAACAUUCUUCACCUUCUUCAACUUCCUCUACAACUUCUUUAGGUAAAAAGAAUAGACAACACAACAAGGAAACGCCACGACAGGGCAACAAAGAUGAAACUCGUUUACCGAGUCAGAAUCUUAAGAACCUGCUUCUGAAUCAGAAAAAAGCCCCGCAUAACUCUUACGGGAUAAUACCAAUGAAUAGUAGUGGAAAUGGCAAAAAAAUUAGUCACUCCUAUGCUGGCUCUACUUUUGCUACUAACGGCCCAAGAGAAGCUAAAGAGUUGCCCAAACCAAGUUUUCUAUAG